AUGGUGGAAUACCUCGAUGGGCCCACCAACGACGGCACUGCAGGCAUAGGAGCUGAGUUUGAGAGCCCCUUCUUCUAUUUUGAAAACUACAAAUGCAAUUUGGAUGACACCAAUGCGGCGAAGAAAAAAGUUCUUGCAGGUCGCAGAGGACCAAAUUGGGUCCUGACGGCAGACACGGGGGAUGGCCCUGGGAAAGUCAAAGGAGAGUAUAUUCUGAACGGCGAAGCGAUCAAAGUCGGCAGUGGGGACGCUGCCAGAGCAGGGAAAGCAAUAGCAGAUGAUUUUGUGAGUGGCCAAGCAACCAAUACCGGUGUAUCUUCAUUGUUGACAUCUGGCCAGCUAAACUGGGCGCCAUGGAAAGCUCCAGUAAGAGCUACUGUUGGCAUCGAGGACAACAAAUGCAAUCCCUGGACGAUCGGGUCGCCCGGUAAGAGAGACAGUGGGCUGAACACGUUGUGGAUGCCACAGAUCACUGCGCCUAUGCCCCUAGAGGCAGUCUAUAGCCUGAUGAAAUUGCAGUUUCAGACAGAAGACCCGCCCGUCCUCGCCAAAGACUAUAUGUAUGGCAAGAACUAUCUGAUUCUUGUCAUGCCGAAAUAUUUUGAGGGAAACCCCAAUGGUAUUGAUCCGAGCAAGGUUACCGACGAUGUACUCGCAUUCUGCUCCUUGGUUUUAUCCUAUGCGAAAGCCGCAAGCGACCCUCUGAAGCCGGACGAGAGCCCUAAGUUGCGUACAACCUUCAUGCCUCGCACCGACUUCAAUACCCUUUUCAAACAAGUGAAGUCGAAGAUCCCGGGCGACCUUUUCAGUCUCUUCAAUUUCCUAGCAUGCUCCAAAGCAAAUGGGACACGCGAGGUCAUGUUCGAUGAGAAGUACUGCUCUAAACAAGGGUCCAAGAUCAUUUCCAACAACAAAUUUGGCGAUCUGGCUUAUACCAACGUUGCACGUCAUCCCCAUGCCACUAUGAGCGUCAAAUCCUGGAUCCAAGGUAUUGGCGCCUUGUCUCCCUCUCCAGACUUGCUCUCGAAAUUCGACAAAAGUAUCGACGGUUCCAUCGGAGGCCUCGGGUCUAGAAUGGAGAGGAUGUACGGCUCCCAACGCUCUGUCCCUUUGUUCGAGUUCCGCAAUCUCGGGGAGACAGCCACCGUGGGUAUUGAGGGCUUCAUGGCCGAGAUAGACUCAACCAUCCAGGACCUUCACAGGAAGUACGAGAACGCACCUGGCGGGCGAAACGCACGACGUGCAGUGGCAUCAGCCUGCGCCUUGAAUGCUCCCACGACAAAAACCAUCUCCACCGCAAAACCCGAAGUUACGUGCAACACAUUCUCGGAUCCAGAUAACAACGCACCAUCCGGGUGUAAAUGUAGUGGCAUGGAUGGCACUUAUUCUUUCCUCACUCCCUCCGGCACUCAAACUGGCUUCAAUAUCUGCGGGUACACCACCAAGCCAACGGCUACCGUUGGUGCCUCCCAUGGUCCGUUCUACACCACAAGGCCUGAUGGCGUCGUUGUUUCAUGUGCUACUUCUACCUAUCACAAUUAUGCCGUCAAUUCUAAGCCAACAUGUGCAGGCACCACCAAAGCUGUCUCGACUGUUGCAUCUAUUGCGUCUUCCUACUCUUCUUCUCAGAGGGCCGCAUUGUCAGCUACGGCUUGCAAUUCCUUGGCUCCAGCUGCCUCACAAUGGGCAGCAGCAGACUGUGAAGGCGCUUGGACGUCUGCCAUCAACAACUAUAACUCCCACAAGACCUCCACAUCCAAGCCGCAGGAGAACUUCAUUUGGAGUAUUGCGAACUAUUUCGGACUACCUGGUGACAUGGACUGCGCUGACCUUGCUAGUGAUAACCUCCUAUCGGAGCUUUUCUCAACCAUCAAAAAUGGUGUUUUUGAAGCAAAGGCGGUGGUAACUGAGCUGGUUGGGAUGAGCAGCAGCCACUUUGCCGGGAGUUUCCAGGCAGUGGCCUCCGGCGCUGUCGAAGAGAACAUCCUUGGCCAAAACGUUGGGGGCAUGAUGAAAUCCGCCUUCGGCAGUCUUACUACAAUUGACGAAUAUCUCUUCAAUGGCUCAUCCAUCUCGACAUUGCACUCCAUCAUCACGGGUGGACAACUCCUAGAACCCAACUGGGUCCCCCCGAGUCUGAAUUCGCUCAUGAACGGCCCAAUCCUAAAUGCAUUCCUCGCUUCCCUAAUUCCUCUGGCCUGGCAAAAAUCGCCCAGCCCGGUCAUCCCCGUGAUCAUCAACUCUGGCCAUAUGUGCGGUGAGAAGUCUUCCUCAGAUCUUUCCGAGUGGUUGGAGCCGGCUGUCGCGGCCAAGACAGGAGUUUGCUAUCAAAAUCAGAUGUGGUAUGGCGUGGGCUGUCAGAAGAGUCCAAUCUGCCCCCAUAACCUAUGCGGUAUCGGGCGGUUUACCAUCCUGCCGGGAACCUCGUCCCUGGGUUCCAAAGCCUGGCCUAUUACCUUUGAUCAGAUCGUCCAAGCAUCUGUCAAUGGCUAUAUGCAAAAUAGAAAGAAGAACGGUGGUGGUUUCGCAAAAGCGGCAGACACAGCAGCACUAUCGGCUAUCUACGACCAGAACAUCACUGCUCCUGGGGUCAAUACUAUCCCAGUCUGUGGAUUGGAUGAGCUACUCCAUAAUCUGGAUGCGUACUUCAACAGGCACGUGCAGAGUAAGAACUUUCCUUGCAAUUGA